AUGCUGACAGGGUGUAAACCAUUCCACCAGGAAAACGAAUACAAUUUGACCGAGAUUCGUCAAUUUGGAGAUGAAUUAGUGAAAAUGUUGGACAUAUUCAGCCUCAAACACUUUCUUCGAAACAUCGUUGAGAAAUACUACGAGAAAGAAAUUAUUCAAGAAGUGGAAUCAAUUUUCCGUGUGGUUAGCUCGAAAGAAAAUGUCUAUGCGAACAACAGAUUGCAUUCAAAGCAAAACCGAGAGCACAUAUUCGGUUAUCCGAGGGACUUGGAGCGCUUCAUUCCACUGGAAGAGAUUUGCAUGUUCCUAGAUCACUGGUUGCUGAAUUCAUCUCGAUUAUACAAGAAGCUGUUUCUGCUGAAUAUUUUGCAACAGGUGCCCGAGAGUAUUCAUCUGUCUCUGUGGGAGUUGUUCAAGUUUAUCAUUCACGCCAAAACUGUUACUCCGGAUUUAAAGCACAACGAAACAAAAUGUGAUAAACUAGACAAAUUAUUACACCAAUUGCCUUUGGAGAUAGGAGCCAAGAUUGCCCGAUUGGUCAGAACUGAAGACGAAGAGAAAAAAAGCAAUUGGUCUACAGUGGAAUCAAACAAGCAGUCCGAUGGAAGAUUCCCGGUUCCAGCUUUCAAACAGUCUCAGAUCAGUUUGAUCGGUCACGCAGGUAGUGUGCGCACCCUGUGGCUGGAUACUAAAUGGCGUCUACUGCUGUCCGGAAGCUAUGAUACCAGCAUACGAUUAUGGGAUCUAUCCGAGCCCUCGGAUCACAUCCGGGACGGGAGGAACAACCCGGUCAGCGUGCUUUCACAUCCGGACCCCAGGAGGAUAAAUGCACGUUCGAUCAGGUCACGUUGUGUACGAAUUUAUCACGGCCACACAAGCACGGUUCUGAGCCUGUGGUUGGAUGAUUUCACGUGGCCGCGAAUGAGAACAUCAUGCGAAUCGGUCGGUCGUUCCAAACCGAAGCUUCGAUCCAGUCAGUCACCGACUAGCCGAUUGGGCAAACACACAUUGCGUUUUGUCACAGGUGGAGCGGAUUGUUUAUGCUUUGUGUGGAGAUUGGACUCGCGAGAACCGUUGUGGCGUAUGCAGCAUUUGCGACCGGUCACCGCAGUUGUCAUGCAUAAGUACUUGUGCGCGUCCGGUGAUGCCAAUGGACAAAUCAAAGUGUGGCGCUUGACUGGGUCGAAGCCUUAUUUGAUAAAGGUGAGUGACUAUGGAGGGCGGCCAAACAGUGCAAGAGUAAAACAAUACAUUGCGCAUUACUUACUCAGACUGUAA